AUGCCCAGUCAGUUCCGCUUUUCCCACGGGGGAUGCGUGAAGGCCAAUGCCAGUAGUGUACAAAGGCCUGCCGGUAGGCAGUUGCAUUCGUUCUCGUCAGCUCCUCAAGCAGGAGACGGCGCCUUCCCAUUUCCCGUCGUGCUCGGUGUCCCUUUCGGGUUUUUCUGUUUUCAUGCCCAGCAGGUUUUCUGUGAAGGGAUUGAAUACUCUCUGCCUUUUGGUAAAGGGUCAAGUGAGCAUGCACAUAUUCAGGCUGGCAAACUUGAUCCGGCUUCCAGGAACAAGAUUUCACCCGGGGAUGCGCUGAACUGUCACGGGGCAUACACAGCCGCUCGCUUUAGCCUGUCAGCAACAAUUUUCUCAAUUGCUCGUAGAUUCCGGUGCCUGCGAGAGCUGGGUUCUGCUGAGACGGUGGCUAGAGGUAUACCUGGACGCAUCUUGUCCGUGGCAGAAUCCGGUUCAUUUAGGAACUGCAACGAGGGCAGCAGCGAUCUGCUUUUGGCUGCUUCACCCAUCUCGUCAGCGCCGCCCGGUUCAGUUCACAGGCGCCAGGGCUCCAGUACCCCUACAGUAUUUCCACUUCAAAAAACUAACCGCAAUCCAGACCACAAGCAAGGAUUCACGCGGAGGCAUAUUGGGGAAAGAGAGGAAAAGAUUGCUCUCCGCACCUUCAAACCUUCCCUUUAUUAUGCAGCCAGUCCCUUGGAGCAUUUUCCAUACGAGUCAGAUUACCGGCGUCUUCAGCAUGCCCUCCUUAUCCCCGCCGCAGAGGCCAAGAAUCUGACGGAGAAGGACAUGAAGCUUCUACAUGAAGCAGAUUCCCAGCUGCGCUGCAUGUUGGCCGAUAGAUCUCGCCUUGCUACUGCCUUGCGCAAGAGCAUUGAGGAAUGGCAGCGUUUGGUCGCCCAUAAGUCGAGGUUCAACAGUAAGACGGAACCGUCAGGCCGAAGUUUCGGCAGGCUCAGGCACUUGAUGCAGCAGGCGAUUUCAACCGGACUAGAAAUGAAAAUAAACUCACUCACCGCGAAAAUUUCCGAGCUUGAGAGAGAACUAGAGCUUCUUCGGUCUACAUUAAGGGGGAUACUUCGGCAGAGACGGCAGAGGGCUCUGUCUCUUCUCUUAGUCGCACGUAGGCGUCUAACUGGAGCGGCGAUGACAGCAAAGGAAGCAAAUGCUUUGAGCAUAGCCAACCUGAUAGUUAAGGGCCAUAAAAGAAGAAAUUAUGUGCCUAGCCCCGCCGAGGGGGAGGAGAUUCUGAAAAUAGGUGUCGAGCUGUCUGAGGCCUUAGAAGAUGCAGAGUUACGUCUUUCAAGCCUUCUUGGAAAAGCGACCUCUGACACUUCCCCAAGGUUUGAAAAGAUUAACCCGGUAUCCAUUGGCUUGAAGGAACAUCUGGAAAAGUGCGCUGCAGUCCAAAAGGAGGCGGAAUCGUAUGCUUUGCAGUUGAGGUCACUUUUUAAUACUUUCCCUGUAGACAAGUUUAAAGAAGUCAUUAAGAAUGUGGAAAGCGGAGCUUUGCAACUACGCAGAAAAUCAGAGCGGGCACUUCAGUUCUUGCAGGGCGAAUCAUGCUAG